AUGUAAAUCGUAAUGUAUAUCACUAAUAACAAUAUAUGGGGUUAGUUAAACAUAAAUGGUAUCGUUUUAUCUUAUGUACAACAGUUAUCGCAUCUUUUGUCGUUUGCUACCUCAAACUACACUCGCUGUCAAACUCCAAAGGACCAAUGAGCGAACAUACGCUGGAAUAUUUCCUCAACAAGGGGACGAUACAAAGAAAAGAUGCUGCUGAUAUCGAGUGGAAUCAUGCAGCAAACAGUAAGAGCAAACUCACAGAGGCUCUACAAGGUUCUGCACAGAUGAUCGAAGCAGAUGUACUUCUCAGGGGUCAAGAUCCAAAAGUGCCUAUUAUGGCUCACCCCCCUGACAAUGACAGUGAUAUAACUCUGCAGGACUGGCUUAAAGAAGUUGUGAAAUCAGACAAAGGAAUAAAAUUGGAUUUCAAAAGUCUCGCAGCUGUAUCCCCAUCCAUGACUCUACUGGAAGAGGUCCGAGAUCAGCUGCAGGGACCCGUGUGGAUCAAUGCUGAUAUUCUCCCUGGCCCUAGAGGCACAGCCACCCCUCUGGACCCUCAUGUGUUUCUACAGGAAGUAGCGCAAAAAUCAGAAAAUGAUGUUCUCUCUUUGGGCUGGACCACUGGAUGGGAUGUAGAUGCAGACAAUCCCGGUUAUAGCUGGGAGAUGGUUCAUCAGAUGGAAGAAUUAUGCAGAUCUUUAAAGCAGCCAGUCACAUUUCCAGUCCGAGCAGCUCUUCUUCCCGCGUCCUUCCCACAGUUCCAGUGGCUCUUGAAGCAGUCAGACCGAUACAGCCUGACUGUAUGGACAGGCAAACAUGAUGUUCUUACAGUGGAGGAUCUGUUGCUCUACAGGCAAAACUUCAGCAAAACCAGAAUCUACUAUGAUCUGUUAGAAUCUCAGAUCAAACAGUUUAAAGGACUACCUGGCUACACCUAAAAAGCAAAUAUUCACUUACUGAUGUUGUCUUUAAUAUGUAAAACAGCAAUAAAACACAAUCUAUAAGUCAUGUAACAAAACAUAAGUGUGAACACACUAAUCACGGUUUGGAAUAGUGCAUGAAUAUGUGAACUGUGGAUUCACCUAUCAACAUGUAUUCUGUAUCUGAGUAAUGCAAUAAGGUUUAAACAUGCAUUUCAUUGGUUGACAUGCUUAAUUACCCACUAAUGUACAAAGAGACACAAAUACAACUCUCAGAGAAAUUUUAUAUUUUUGUAAUUUACGUUUGCAUUCUGUAACAUUUUGUAUAUUUGAAUUUUGUCAUCACAAAUGCACAAUACAUUUAUGAGAAAAAAUGUUUAUGCCUCUAACAUUAACCGCAGUUUGAAAUUUUGGGGUCGGUAAUAUUUUUUGUUUUUGUAAGAAGUAUGUCCAAAAGUGUGAUAAAAAUACGGCUGGAAUAGUAAUGUUGUGAAAUAUUAUUACAGUUUAAAAUUGUCAUUUAUUCCGGUAAUGGCAAAGCUGAACUUUCAGCCAUCAUUACUCCAGUCUUCAGUGUUACAUGAUCCGUCCCAAACCAUUCUAAUCUACUGAUCUGGUGCUCAAGUAAUAUUUAAGUGAAAACAGUUGUGCUAAAUCAUGAUUUUUUUUUAGACGUAUUUGAUAACUAGAAAGAUUAGAAGAACAGAUAUAUUCACAAGAAAAGUGAAAGUGUUAUCUUAAAUUAAUACUUUUAUUUUUGCAGAAAAUAUGUUCUCAACAUGUGUAACUGCAUGCAGAUUUAAGUAAAUACUGUACAACACUUAUAAAUGCAAGAAUGUGAAAGCAAUGUUUUAUACUGAAUUAAUUUACAGUCAAUGGGUAAAUACAAGGUAAA